UCUUCAAAGUUUUUUUCAUAACGACUAGCUCGUUUUCGGAUACACCCCUUCUGCUUUGCGAAAGAAAGUUUUGCUCUUUGUAAGCCGUUAUCCUAAAAUUUUCUCUCUCAGUACUGUAUCUUUCUUCGAACAAAACCUACGCCUGUCCAACGUAUAUAAUAAUAACAACAGGCAACAUAUUCAAAAACUGAGUUCUCAUUUUGGUUGGUUAUAUUUACAAAGCUCGCUUUUCAUUAAUUUUAGAACGCUUCCUCUGUUUAUGUUCGUAUAGUAAUGAAUUGAUAAAUGCAAUGGCUCCAAAAAUUGCUGCAAUGACUUCAAUACUUUUGCUUAUUAUAAAGAAUUAACCACGGUAUGAUAAUAAUUGUUAUACCUCGAUUGCAUAAGACGCCACAACUGCACCAUCUGUCGAUGUAGUCGGAUUGUUAUUGGCUCUGACUGUUUACUCAAUCACUAUCUUUUUUACUAGCAGUUUAUUCAUGGCAGCAGGGCUUCGUUUGACGACUUUAAUUCAAUUCUUUUUUUAUUAGUUUAUUGUGAUUCAAUCUUAUCGGAUGUGAAAGGUCUCGAAGAGUAGAAGCUCUACUACUGAAGUAGUAUAUUUCGUAUUUUGUAGUGAGAUUUUUCUCUUAAUUUCAAAAGUAUUGCUGAAUCUUUGUUCUAGAUUUCAUGUCAUGUCACUUGCAGACGAACAAAACGAAGUAAUAAUGUUGUUUGGUUUCUUUUUCUCUCAUCCAUAUACUACUGUUGUGUAUUUUUAGCCGUCAUCGACAAAUGCUACUACGAUUUUAUCAACCAAUGAAGAUAAUAGUACCAAAGAUGAUCGCACUAAGCAAGAAGAUGAAACAACUGAAGUCAUUGUACUGGACCCAGAAGCAACGGUUGUUGAAUUAACAGCAUCGCGUAUAGGAGUGUUGGAAGGGUUUGACAAUUUAAGAAAAGUAGAAAAUUUAAAUUUACGUCAAAAUUUGAUAAAAAAGAUUGAAAAUAUUUCCCAUUUGACAUUAUUACAACAAUUAGAACUAUAUGACAAUCAAAUAACAAAAAUUGAAAACUUAGAUUCGUUAAUUAAUCUAACACGUUUAGAUCUUUCAUUCAAUCGUUUAACAAUAAUUGAAAAUUUAUCAACAUUGACAAAUUUGACAGAAUUAUUUUUAGUUCACAACAGAAUAUCAAAAAUAGAUAAUAUACAGUUAUUAACAAAAUUGAGAAUAUUAGAACUUGGUGAUAAUCUUAUUAAAAAAAUUGAAAAUUUGGAUACAUUAACAGACCUUGAAGAAAUUCAUUUAGGAAAAAAUAAAAUAAAAAAAAUUGAAAAUUUAUCAUCAUUAAAUAAAUUAAAAAUAUUAGGUUUAGGUGCAAAUAAAAUUGUAAAAAUUGAAGGUUUUGAACAAUUGACAACAUUAGAACAAUUAUUUUUAUCAGAAAAUCAAAUUACAACAAUUGAAAAUUUAGAAAAUAAUUCGAAAAUAUUGUUACUUGAUCUAGCUCAAAAUAAAAUUGAACAUUUAGAUAAUUUAACACAUCUCACCAAUUUAGAAGAAUUAUGGAUUAAUGACAAUAAAUUGAAUUCAAUGGAUGAAUUAACAAAAAUAGAAUCGAUGUUACAACUGAAAUGUAUAUACUUAGAAAGUAAUCCUGCAUUUCGUCUCGAAGAAAAUUAUCGCGCCAAAGUUCUUCUAAAAUUGCCACAACUCAGACAAUUAAAUGCAACAGAAACACGACGACAACUUGACGAUCCGUUAGCAGUUGAAACACAAUAA